GGAAGUGGGCGUUUAUAUAGCAUGUUGGAUGCUAUAACUCGCUUGUUAAAACGGAGUAGGUACGAGUUGCAGCAGAUACCGUUUUAAAGACGGUGCAUUGCAGAGUACCAGGCGGGAUAGGACCGAGGAAGGAAAGGAAAAGGAAACGGUUCCAAUUGGAUCGAAACCUCGCCUUCAUUUUUGAUUCAGGAUGGGGAACAGAGAUGACGAGUAUGAUUACUUGUUCAAAGUGGUGUUGAUAGGAGACUCCGGUGUGGGGAAGAGUAACCUGUUGUCUCGUUUCACCCGGAAUGAGUUUAACCUGGAGAGUAAGAGCACCAUCGGGGUGGAGUUUGCCACCCGCAGUAUCCAGGUGGAUGGGAAGACCGUGAAGGCUCAGAUCUGGGACACAGCUGGCCAGGAGAGAUACCGGGCUAUUACAUCAGCGUAUUACCGUGGUGCCGUGGGUGCUCUUCUGGUCUAUGACAUCGCCAAGCACCUGACCUACGAAAGCGUGGAACGUUGGCUGAAGGAGCUGAGAGACCAUGCUGACAGCAACAUCGUCAUUAUGUUGGUUGGCAACAAGAGCGACCUGCGCCACCUCAGGGCUGUGCCCACCGAUGGGGCACGGGCGUUUGCAGAGAAGAACGGUUUGUCUUUCCUGGAGACCUCAGCCCUGGACUCUACUAAUGUGGAGACAUCCUUCCAGACCAUUCUGACUGAAAUCUAUCGCAUUGUGUCUCAGAAACAGAUGUCAGACCGGCAAGACAACAACAUGUCGCCUAGCAACAACGUGGUCAACAUCCAGGUGCAGCCGACGGAGAAUAAACCAAAGAUGCAAUGUUGUCAGAGCAUUUAACGGCAUCACCAGUAGCACCUGCUUCCCCUGACCCCCGACCCCAAACCCCCUUCUAAAAAGACUGCUUUGGUCCUGUCUGUCUGAGACACAGCUGCGUGGCCAGGCUCUAGACCGAGACACAGCUGCGUGGCCAGGCUCUAGACCGAGACACAGCUGCGUGGCCAGGCUCUAGACCGAGACACAGCUGCGUGGCCAGGCUCUAGACCGAGACACAGCUGCGUGGCCAGGCUCUAGACCGAGACACAGCUGCGUGGCCAGGCUCUAGACUGACACACAGCUGCGUGGCCAGGCUCUAGACCGAGACACAGCUGCGUGGCCAGGCUCUAGACUGACACACAGCUGCGUGGCCAGGCUCUAGACUGACACACAGCUGCAUGGCCAGGCUCUAGACUGGCACACAGCUGCGUGGCCAGGCUCUAGGGUCUAUACUACAGAGUAGAGGCUGCCUCCAAAGUGUGCACUUACUUGUCUUGCACACUUCUUGUCAUGGAUUUAAAAGCAUUAGAUUGUAAUUAUUGGCUGAAGUGAGUUUCUUUCCACCGUUGUUAAGACUAAAUCCAUGAUGGGAAGUGUGCAAGUGAACACUUUGAGAAAAGGGUGUAUAAUUAGGGUGCAGCUGUGUCUGAGCCCGUUGGUUCUAUACAGCUGUCUGAGCCCGUUGGUUCUAUACAGCUGUCUGAUCCCGUUGGUUCUAUACAGCUGUCUGAUCCCGUUGGUUCUAUACAGCUGUGUCUGAGCCCGUUGGUUCCUUAAGGAUCCCCAGUCAGGACUAUACAGCUGUCUGAUCCCGUUGGUUCCUUCAGGAACCCCAGUCAGGACUAUACAGCUGUCUGAGCCCGUUGGUUCCUUAAGGAUCCCCAGUCAGGACUAUACAGCUGUCUGAGCCCGUUGGUUCCUUAAGGAUCCCCAGUCAGGACUAUACAGCUGUCUGAUCCCGUUGGUUCCUUACGGAUCCCCAGUCAGGACUAUACAGCUGUCUGAUCCCGUUGGUUCCUUAAGGAUCCCCAGUCAGGACUAUACAGCUGUCUGAGCCCGUUGGUUCCUUAAGGAUCCCCAGUCAGGACUAUACAGCUGUCUGAGCCCGUUGGUUCCUUAAGGAUCCCCAGUCAGGACUAUACAGCUGUCUGAUCCCGUUGGUUCCUUACGGAUCCCCAGUCAGGACUAUACAGCUGUCUGAUCCCGUUGGUUCCUUAAGGAUCCCCAGUCAGGACUAUACAGCUGUGUCUGAUCCCGUUGGUUCCUUAAGGACCCCCAGUCAGGACUAUACAGCUGUCUGAUCCCGUUGGUUCCUUCAGGAUCCCCAGUCAGGACUAUACAGCUGUGUCUGAUCCCGUUGGUUCCUUAAGGACCCCCAGUCAGGACUAUACAGCUGUCUGAUCCCGUUGGUUCCUUCAGGAUCCCCAGUCAGGACUAUACAGCUGUCUGAUCCCGUUGGUUCCUUAAGGAUCCCCAGUCAGGACUAUACAGCUGUGUCUGAGCCCGUUGGUUCCUUACGGAUCCCCAGUCAGGACUAUACAGCUGUCUGAUCCCGUUGGUUCCUUAAGGAUCCCCAGUCAGGACUAUACAGCUGUGUCUGAGCCCGUUGGUUCCUUAAGGAUCCCCAGUCAGGACUAUACAGCUGUGUCUGAUCCCGUUGGUUCCUUCAGGAACCCCAGUCAGGACUAUACAGCUGUCUGAUCCCGUUGGUUCCUCAAGGAUCCCCAGUCAGGACUAUACAGCUGUGUCUGAGCCCGUUGGUUCCUUAAGGACCCCCAGUCAGGACUAUACAGCUGUCUGAUCCCGUUGGUUCCUUAAGGACCCCCAGUCAGGACUAUACAGCUGUGUCUGAGCCCGUUGGUUCCUUACGGAUCCCCAGUCAGGACUAUACAGCUGUCUGUUCCCGUUGGUUCCUUAAGGAUCCCCAGUCAGGACUAUACAGCUGUCUGAUCCCGUUGGUUCCUUAAGGAUCCCCAGUCAGGACUAUACAGCUGUCUGAUCCCGUUGGUUCCUUAAGGAUCCCCAGUCAGGACUAUACAACUGUCUGAUCCCGUUGGUUCCUUCAGGAACCCCAGUCAGGAUUAUACAGCUGUCUGAUCCCGUUGGUUCCUUCAGGAACCCCAGUCAGGACUAUACAGCUGUCUGAUCCCGUUGGUUCCUUAAGGACCCCCAGUCAGGACUAUACAGCUGUGUCUGAGCCCGUUGGUUCCUUACGGAUCCCCAGUCAGGACUAUACAGCUGUCUGAUCCCGUUGGUUCCUUAAGGAUCCCCAGUCAGGACUAUACAGCUGUCUGAUCCCGUUGGUUCCUUAAGGAUCCCCAGUCAGGACUAUACAGCUGUCUGAUCCCGUUGGUUCCUUAAGGAUCCCCAGUCAGGACUAUACAACUGUCUGAUCCCGUUGGUUCCUUCAGGAACCCCAGUCAGGACUAUACAGCUGUCUGAGCCCGUUGGUUCCUUCAGGAACCCCAGUCAGGACUAUACAGCUGUCUGAGCCCGUUGGUUCCUUAAGGAUCCCCAGUCAGGACUAUACAGCUGUCUGAGCCCGUUGGUUCCUUAAGGAUCCCCAGUCAGGACUAUACAGCUGUGUCUGAGCCCGUUGGUUCCUUCAGGAACCCCAGUCAGGACUAUACAGCUGUGUCUGAUCCCGUUGGUUCCUUAAGGAUCCCCAGUCAGGACUAUACAGCUGUGUCUGAUCCCGUUGGUUCCUUACGGAUCCCCAGUCAGGACUAUACAGCUGUCUGAUCCCAUUGGUUCCUUAAGGAUCCCCAGUCAGGACUAUACAGCUGUGUCUGAUCCCGUUGGUUCCUUCAGGAUCCCCAGUCAGGACUAUACAGCUGUGUCUGAUCCCGUUGGUUCCUUAAGGAUCCCCAGUCAGGACUAUACAGCUGUCUGAUCCCAUUGGUUCCUUCAGGAACCCCAGUCAGGACUAUACAGCUGUGUCUGAUCCCGUUGGUUCCUUAAGGAUCCCCAGUCAGGACUAUACAACUGUCUGAUCCCAUUGGUUCCUUAAGGAUCCCCAGUCAGGACUAUACAGCUGUGUCUGAUCCCGUUGGUUCCUUCAGGAACCCCAGUCAGGACUAUACAGCUGUCUGAUCCCGUUGGUUCCUUCAGGAACCCCAGUCAGGACUAUACAGCUGUCUGAGCCCGUUGGUUCCUUAAGGAUCCCCAGUCAGGACUAUACAGCUGUCUGAGCCCGUUGGUUCCUUAAGGAUCCCCAGUCAGGACUAUACAGCUGUGUCUGAUCCCGUUGGUUCCUUCAGGAUCCCCAGUCAGGACUAUACAACUGUCUGAUCCCGUUGGUUCCUUCAGGAACCCCAGUCAGGACUACACAGCUGUCUGAGCCCGUUGGUUCCUUAAGGAUCCCCAGUCAGGACUAUACAGCUGUCUGAGCCCGUUGGUUCCUUAAGGAUCCCCAGUCAGGACUAUACAGCUGUGUCUGAUCCCGUUGGUUCCUUCAGGAUCCCCAGUCAGGACUAUACAGCUGUCUGAUCCCAUUGGUUCCUUCAGGAUCCCCAGUCAGGACUAUACAACUGUCUGAUCCCGUUGGUUCCUUCAGGAACCCCAGUCAGGACUACACAGCUGUCUGAGCCCGUUGGUUCCUUAAGGAUCCCCAGUCAGGACUAUACAGCUGUCUGAGCCCGUUGGUUCCUUAAGGAUCCCCAGUCAGGACUAUACAGCUGUGUCUGAUCCCGUUGGUUCCUUCAGGAUCCCCAGUCAGGACUAUACAACUGUCUGAUCCCGUUGGUUCCUUCAGGAUCCCCAGUCAGGACUAUACAGCUGUCUGAUCCCGUUGGUUCCUUACGGAUCCCCAGUCAGGACUAUACAGCUGUGUCUGAUCCCGUUGGUUCCUUACGGAUCCCCAGUCAGGACUAUACAGCUGUCUGAUCCCAUUGGUUCCUUAAGGAUCCCCAGUCAGGACUAUACAGCUGUGUCUGAUCCCGUUGGUUCCUUCAGGAACCCCAGUCAGGACUAUACAGCUGUGUCUGAUCCCGUUGGUUCCUUAAGGAUCCCCAGUCAGGACUAUACAGCUGUCUGAUCCCAUUGGUUCCUUCAGGAUCCCCAGUCAGGACUAUACAGCUGUCUGAUCCCGUUGGUUCCUUCAGGAACCCCAGUCAGGACUAUACAGCUGUCUGAGCCCGUUGGUUCCUUAAGGAUCCCCAGUCAGGACUAUACAGCUGUCUGAGCCCGUUGGUUCCUUAAGGAUCCCCAGUCAGGACUAUACAGCUGUGUCUGAUCCCGUUGGUUCCUUCAGGAUCCCCAGUCAGGACUAUACAACUGUCUGAUCCCGUUGGUUCCUUCAGGAACCCCAGUCAGGACUAUACAGCUGUCUGAUCCCAUUGGUUCCUUCAGGAUCCCCAGUCAGGACUAUACAACUGUCUGAUCCCGUUGGUUCCUUCAGGAACCCCAGUCAGGACUACACAGCUGUCUGAGCCCGUUGGUUCCUUAAGGAUCCCCAGUCAGGACUAUACAGCUGUCUGAGCCCGUUGGUUCCUUAAGGAUCCCCAGUCAGGACUAUACAGCUGUGUCUGAUCCCGUUGGUUCCUUCAGGAUCCCCAGUCAGGACUAUACAACUGUCUGAUCCCGUUGGUUCCUUAAGGAUCCCCAGUCAGGACUAUACAGCUGUCUGAUCCCGUUGGUUCCUUCAGGAACCCCAGUCAGGACUAUACAGCUGUCUGAUCCCGUUGGUUCCUUCAGGAACCCCAGUCAGGACUAUACAGCUGUCUGAUCCCGUUGGUUCCUUAAGGAUCCCCAGUCAGGACUAUACAGCUGUGUCUGAUCCCGUUGGUUCCUUAAGGACCCCCAGUCAGGACUAUACAGCUGUGUCUGAGCCCGUUGGUUCCUUAAGGAUCCCCAGUCAGGACUAUACAGCUGUCUGAUCCCGUUGGUUCCUUCAGGAUCCCCAGUCAGGACUAUACAGCUGUCUGAUCCCGUUGGUUCCUUCAGGAACCCCAGUCAGGACUAUACAACUGUCUGAUCCCAUUGGUUCCUUCAGGAUCCCCAGUCAGGACUAUACAACUGUCUGAUCCCGUUGGUUCCUUCAGGAUCCCCAGUCAGGACUAUACAACUGUCUGAUCCCAUUGGUUCCUUCAGGAUCCCCAGUCAGGACUAUACAACUGUCUGAUCCCGUUGGUUCCUUCAGGAUCCCCAGUCAGGACUAUACAGCUGUCUGAUCCCAUUGGUUCCUUCAGGAUCCCCAGUCAGGACUAUACAGCUGUCUGAUCCCAUUGGUUCCUUCAGGAUCCCCAGUCAGGACUAUACAACUGUCUGAUCCCGUUGGUUCCUUCAGGAUCCCCAGUCAGGACUAUACAACUGUCUGAUCCCAUUGGUUCCUUCAGGAACCCCAGUCAGAACUACACAACUUUUUAUUUCUGCCGUCUUUUCUAUUAUUACAUAGCAACGAUUUAAUAAUCAAGACAAACGCUGGACGAAUCUUCACAGAAAUGUUAAAUUAAUUAAUUAAUUAAUAUUAAUGAAUUAAUAUAUGAUUUACUGUUUUUGUGUUUUUAGAUGUUAGAUUUUUUUAUUAAAUAAUUUUGAGGUUUGUUUUGUUCACCUGUAUAAGCUUCAGAUUGGACUUGCACCGUACUCUCAUUACCCUGGCUGACUUGUGAAUCCACAAUUUGCACCCUAUUCCCUAAUGUAGUAGUGCACUACUAUUAACCAGAGGCCUUACCCUAACCAGUAGUAGUGCACUAUAAAAAAAGAAAUAGCUUAAGGGACCAUUUGGGAGCCUGGUGGUGUGCUGCAUAACUAGAUAAUGUUCUCUCUGUGGUAGUAAUGCUAACGAUGAUAGGUUAGGGAUCAGUGGUAGUAAUGCUAUAAUGCUAAUGAUAGGCUAGGGAUCAGUGGUAGUAAUGCUAAUGAUAGGCUAGGGAUCAGUGGUAGUAAUGCUAUAAUGCUAAUGAUGUUAGGCUAGGGAACAGUGGUAGUAAUGCUAACGAUGAUAGGCUAGGGAUCAGUGGUAGUAAUGCUAUAAUGCUAGUGAUAGGCUAGGGAUCAGUGGUAGUAAUGCUAUAAUGCUAAUGAUAGGCUAGGGAUCAGUGGUAGUAAUGCUAUAAUGCUAAUGAUAGGCUAGGGAUCAGUGGUAGUAAUGCUAUAAUGCUAAUGAUAGGCUAGGGAUCAGUGGUAGUAAUGCUAUAAUGCUAGUGAUAGGCUAGGGAACAGUGGUAGUAAUGCUAUAAUGCUAGUGAUAGGCUAGGGAUCAGUGGUAGUAAUGCUAUAAUGCUAAUGAUGUUAGGCUAGGGAACAGUGGUAGUAAUGCUAUAAUGCUAAUGAUAGGCUAGGGAACAGUGGUAGUAAUGCUAUAAUGCUAAUGAUAGGCUAGGGAUCAGUGGUAGUAAUGCUAAUGAUAGGCUAGGGAACAGUGGUAGUAAUGCUAUAAUGCUAAUGAUGAUAGGCUAGGGUUGCAAAAUUAAGCUAGUGUUGCAAAAUUCCUGAAACGUUCCCUACAUUUCCAAGGUUUUUUAUUAAUCAUGUUUCAAGGAAUUUCUGAUAUCAUGAAGGAUUAACUAGGGAAGGAAUCCUCCUACUGAGAUUUAUGAGGAAUAUUCGUGAUGCUAGCAUGGUCUAGUCUUGAGUCCUGAGUCCCAGCUCUGUUUGUGCUGUCUUGCCAACUCUAUGUGAUUUUAUAGGAGUCGCUAAGACAGCACAAACAGAUGUGGGAGCAGGCUAAGCAUGGUUCACCUUGGUGUCAAGGGUCAACUAAUCAAGUCGAGUAAUGGCACAUAGAUAACCACUGUCUGGAGAGACCUGCAGAGACCUACAGCUAGACUCCCUAACACAGUGUCUGUUCAGACUGAUUCAUUUAGAGCUAGACUCACUAAUACAGUGUCUGUUCAGACUGAUUCAUUUAGAGCUAGACUCCCUAACACAGUGUCUGUUCAGACUGAUUCAUUUAGAGCUAGACUCCCUAACACAGUGUCUGUUCAGACUGAUUCAUUGCAGCUAGACUCCCUAACACAGUGUCUGUUCAGACUGAUUCAUUUAGAGCUAGACUCCCUAACACAGUGUCUGUUCAGACUGAUUCAUUACAGCUAGACUCCCUAACACAGUGUCUGUUCAGACUGAUUCAUUUAGAGCUAGACUCCCUAACACAGUGUCUGUUCAGACUGAUUCAUUACAGCUAGACUCCCUAACACAGUGUCUGUUCAGACUGAUUCAUUACAGCUAGACUCCCUAACACAGUGUCUGUUCAGACUGAUUCAUUUAGAGCUAGACUCCCUAACACAGUGUCUGUUCAGACUGAUUCAUUUAGAGCUAGACUCCCUAACACAGUGUCUGUUCAGACUGAUUCAUUUAGAGCUAGACUCCCUAACACAGUGUCUGUUCAGACUGAUUCAUUUAGAGCUAGACUCCCUAACACAGUGUCUGUUCAGACUGAUUCAUUUAGAGCUAGACUCCCUAACAGUGUCUGUUCAGACUGAUUCAUUUAGAGCUAGACUCCCUAAUACAGUGUCUAUUCAGACUGAUUCAUUACAGCUAGACUCAUUAAUACAGUGUCUAUUCAGACUGAUUCAUUUAGAGCUAGACUCCCUAACACAGUGUCUGUUCAGACUGAUUCAUUACAGCUAGACUCACUAACACAGUGUCUGUUCAGACUGAUUCAUUUAGAGCUAGACUCCCUAACAGUGUCUGUUCAGACUGAUUCAUUACAGCUAGACUCACUAACACAGUGUCUGUUCAGACUGAUUCAUUACAGCUAGACUCACUAACACAGUGUCUGUUCAGACUGAUUCAUUACAGCUAGACUCACUAACACAGUGUCUGUUCAGACUGAUUCAUUACAGCUAGACUCACUAACACAGUGUCUGUUCAGUGCCUAAUACUUUGAGUACUGAGUAGUGACUUGUUUCAAUGACUAAUGCUUUGAGUACUGAGUAGUGACUUGUUUCAAUGACUAAUGCUUUGAGUACUGAGUAGUGACUUGUUUCAGUGCCUAAUGCUUUGAGUACUGAGUAGUGACUUGUUUCAAUGACUAAUGCUUUGAGUACUGAGUAGUGACUUGUUUCAGUGCCUUUAUUGUAGAAUGACUUGUUGGUUGGUCUGUAGAUAGUUUUCAGAUGCCACCUCCCCUUCUCUUGAAGCCCAGCUCACCUAUCUCUCGGAGUUGGUGGACAGGACAGGUUCCUACCCUUAAAAAUGUACGUGUGAUCAGGGUGGUUCAGAUUAACUUCAUUAAUAACCCACUGUCUGGAGUUAGACCAGAUUAACUUCAUGAAUAACCCACUGUCUGGAGUCAAACCAGAUUAACUUCAUUAAUAACCCACUGUCUGGAGUCAGAUCAGAUUAACUUCAUUAAUAACCCACUGUCUGGAGUCAGACCAGAUUAAUUUAAUUAAUAACCCACUGUCUGGAGUCAGAUCAGAUUAACUUCAUUAAUAACCCACUGUCUGGAAUCAAACCAGAUUAACUUCAUUAAUAACCCACUGUCUGGAGUCAAACCAGAUUAACUUCAUUAAUAACCCACUGUCUGGAGUCAAACCAGAUUAACUUCAUUAAUAACCCACUGUCUGGAGUCAGAUCAGAUUAACUUCAUUAAUAACCCACUGUCUGGAGUCAAACCAGAUUAACUUCAUUAUUAACCCACUGUCUGGAGUCAAACCAGAUUAACUUCAUUAAUAACCCACUGUCUGGAGUCAAACCAGAUUAACUUCAUUAAUAACCCACUGUCUGGAGUCAGAUCAGAUUAACUUCAUUAAUAACCCACUGUCUGGAGUCAAACCAGAUUAACUUCAUUAUUAACCCACUGUCUGGAGUUAGACCAGAUUAACUUCAUUAAUAACCCACUGUCUGGAGUCAAACCAGAUUAACUUCAUUAAUAACCCACUGUCUGGAGUCAAACCAGAUUAACUUCAUUAUUAACCCACUGUCUGGAGUUAGACCAGAUUAACUUCAUUAAUAACCCACUGUCUGGAGUUAGACCAGAUUAACUUCAUUAAUAACCCACUGUCUGGAGGUCUGGAGUCAAAUCAGAUUAACUUAAUCCAUAACCCAUUUCACGUAAAAUAGUGUCUGUUUUGCGGUGAAUUUAAAACAACCCAUCAAGCAAAUGAAGAGCGUUACGAAAUAGUCUGCACUGCUUCCGUGAUAAUGAAUGCUAAAUUAGCAUGCUAUAUUGAUAUGCUAUUAUGGACCACCAUGACUGGUAACCUGAAUGUUUAUUGCCCCUGUCACCACUACCUUUUCUGGGAAUGACUGCAGCCUUGUAUCGUACUGUGAUGACCUGUGUGUUCAUUGGGCACCAAACAGUAGAAAACUGAUUUAAAACCGGGAGGGGACUACCUGCACUAGUAGUCCAAUAACAAACACUAAAAUGUAUAUUUUCCUGUUGUAAAACAUAUUUUUGCUAGAAUUCAGAAUGGCACCAUUUGUCACGAUUGUCGUUGGGAAGAGGACCAAAGAGCAACGUGGUAUACUGGAACAAAAACUAACAGACCGACAAACGAACAGUUCUGCAAGGUGCAACAAAAACACUAAACAGAAAAUUCAAAACAUAGAAUGCCCACCCCAACUCACGCCCUGACCACACCAACUCACGCCCUGACCACACCAACUCACGCCCUGACCACACCAACUCACGCCCUGACCACACCAACUCACGCCCUGACCACACCAACUCACGCCCUGACCACACCAACUCACGCCCUGACCACACCAACUCACGUCCUGACCACACCAACUCACGCCCUCACCACACCAACUCACGCCCUGACCACACCAACUCACGCCCUGACCACACCAACUCACGCCCUGACCACACCAACUCACGCCCUGACCACACCAACUCACGCCCUGACCACACCAACUCACGCCCUGACCACACCAACUCACGCCCUGACCACGCCCUGACCACACCAACUCACGCCCUGACCACACCAACUCACGCCCUGACCACGCCCUGACCACACCAACUCACGCCCUGACCACGCCCUGACCACACCAACUCACGCCCUGACCACACCAACUCACGCCCUGACCACACCAACUCACGCCCUGACCACACCAACUCACGCCCUGACCACGCCCUGACCACACCAACUCACGCCCUGACCACGCCCUGACCACACCAACUCACGCCCUGACCACGCCCUGACCACACCAACUCACGCCCUGACCACGCCCUGGCCACACCAACUCACGCCCUGACCACACCAACUAAAACAGAGACUAAGGAACUAAGGUCAGGGCGUGGUCAGGGCGUGACACCAUUCUUCCAUAGGGGUUGAAAGUAGUGCACUUUUAUUUUUAUUUUUAUUAGUGCUAGCUUUGGAGCAGGCUAGCUUUGGAGUAGGCUAGCUUUGGAGCAGGCUAGCUUUGGAGCAGGCUAGCUUUGGAGCAGGUAGGCUAGCUUUGGAGUAGGCUAGCUUUGGAGCAGGCUAGCUUUGGAGCAGGCUAGCUUUGGAGCAGGUAGGCUAGCUUUGGAGUAGGCUAGCUUUGGAGUAGGCUAGCUUUGGAGCAGGCUAGCUUUGGAGCAGGCUAGCUUUGCUCGGUCUAUGUAGUCCCCUUAACUAUUGCUGUUGUGUGAUUUUAAUUAUGUCAAUGAUCUUUCACUUUAUGCCUCGGGCACCACUGUUAUUAUGUUUUCAUUCAUGCUGUGAUUUGUUGUUGUUGUUGUUGUUGUUUCUUAUUUGUUUUGUUUAUAAUUAAACUCUUCUCUCUGUGUCCCACUAAUUACAAUUAAUAAAUAAACUUACCUCGGA